AUGAACCGCUUCAAUGGGCUCUGCAAGGUGUGCUCAGAGCGCCGUUACCGCCAGAUUACCAUCCCUAGGGGGAAGGACGGUUUCGGCUUCACCAUCUGCUGUGACUCUCCAGUCCGUGUCCAGGCCGUGGAUUCUGGAGGCCCAGCGGAGCGGGCAGGACUACAGCAGCUGGACACCGUGCUGCAGCUGAACGAGAGGCCGGUGGAACAUUGGAAAUGUGUGGAGCUGGCGCAUGAGAUCCGGAGCUGCCCCAGUGAGAUUAUCCUGCUUGUGUGGCGCAUGGUGCCCCAGAUCAAGCCAGGGCCAGAUGGUGGGGUCCUGCGGCGUGCCUCCUGCAAGUCAGCACUUGACCUCCAGUCACCCCCUAACAAGCGGGAGAAGAACUGCACCCAUGGAGUCCAGGCACGGCCUGAGCAGCGCCACAGCUGCCACCUGGUGUGUGACAGCUCCGACGGGCUGCUAUUGGGCGGCUGGGAGCGCUACACUGAGGUGACCAAGCAUAGGGGCCAGCACACCCUGCCUGCGCUGUCCCGUGCCACUGCCCCCACAGACCCAAACUACAUCAUCCUGGCACCGCUGAACCCUGGGAGCCAGCUGCUGCGACCUGUGUAUCAGGAGGACACCAUUCCAGAAGAAGAAUCAGGCAAUCCUAGCAAAGCAAAGUCCUCCACAGGCCUGGGGAAGAAGUCCCGGCUGAUGAAGACAGUGCAGACCAUGAAGGGCCAUGGAAACUAUCAGAACUGCCCGGUCCUGAGGCCACAUGUCCCGCACUCCAGCUACGGCACCUACGUCACCCUGGCCCCCAAGGUCCUGGUGUUCCCUGUCUUUGUUCAGCCUCUAGAUCUCUGCAACCCAGCCCGGACACUUCUGCUGUCGGAGGAACUCCUAUUGUACGAGGGGAGGAACAAGGCUGCUCAGGUGACCCUGUUUGCCUACUCGGACCUGCUGCUCUUCACGAAGGAGGACGAGCCAGGUCGCUGCAACGUCCUGAGGAACCCCCUCUACCUCCAGAGCGUGAAGCUGCAGGAAGGCUCUUCUGGGGACCUGAAAUUCUGCGUGCUAUAUCUUGCAGAGAAGGCAGAGUGCUUAUUCACUUUGGAGGCACACUCACAGGAGCAGAAGAAGAGAGUGUGCUGGUGCCUGGCAGAGAACAUCGCCAAGCAGCAACAGCUGGCUGCCUCGCCCCUGGAGAGCAAGAUGUUUGAGGCAGAAGCAGAUGCGAAGAGGGAGAUGUCCUCAGCUGAAGGCAAGGGGCCGGCUGCUGAGGCCUCCCCACCCAGCGAGGAUGGCCAGGAACCUCCUCUGGAGCCAGACCAAGCCCUCAGCCAGGACCCAUCUGUGGGGCAGACACCUGCUCCUGGUCCAGAGUCCCCAUCCAGCGGAGACAUACCCACCUGCACAGAACCCUCUCCGGGCCAGGAAAUCUCACCAAGCAAGGACACCCCGCCAGCCCAGGACCCCACAACCCUCCAUGACCUGACUGUUGGUCAGGAGCCUCCUCCCAGCCCGGACCCUCUGCUCAGCAAAGCUGCCCCUGCAAUCCAGGAAGCCCCUGCCCAGGACCUUGCACCCCAAGACCCACCUCCCAGCCUUGCCCCACUAGUUGCUGAGACUCCUGCUGAGGAGACCCCUAGCACCAGCACUGCCACUGUCGCAGCUGCCACUGGGGACCCACCAGCAGCCCCUGGGACCCCGCCUGCCACCUCCAGGCCCGCCUUCGUGAUCCCGGAGGUCCGGCUAGAUAGCGCCUACAGCCAGGGGGCAGGGGCCGAAGGGGGCAGCUCAGAUGAGGAGGAGGAUGCAGAGGAGGUGGAAGAUGGAGAGGAAGGCGAGGAGGGUGAGGAGGACGAGGAAGAGGACACCAGCGAUGACAACUACGGGGAACGCAGCGGGACCAAGCGCAGCAGCAUGAUCGAGACGGGCCAGGGUGCCGAGGGUGGCCUCUCGCUGCGGGUGCAGAACUCGCUGCGGCGCCGGACGCACAGCGAGGGCAGUCUGCUGCAGGAGGCUCGCGGGGCUUGCUUCUCCUCUGACACCACCCUGCACUGCUCGGAUGGUGAGGGCACCACGUCCUCCUGGGCCAUCCCUUCACCCCGCACCCUCAAGAAGGAGCUGGGUCGCAAUGGUGGUUCCAUGCACCAUCUGUCCCUCUUCUUCACCGGGCACAGGAAGAUGAGUGGGGAUGACGACGAAGCCUCCAGGAAGAGAAAAAGCAAAAACCUAGCCAAGGACAUGAAGACCAAGCUGGGCAUCUUCAGAAGGCGGAAUGAGUCGCCUGGGGCCCAGCCAGCGGGCAAAGCAGACAAAAUGAUGAAGUCUUUCAAGCCCACCUCAGAGGAAGCCCUCAAGUGGAGCGAGUCCUUGGAGAAGCUGCUACUUCACAAAUAUGGGUUAGCAGUUUUCCAAGCCUUCCUUCGCACGGAGUUCAGCGAGGAGAACCUGGAGUUCUGGCUGGCCUGCGAGGACUUCAAGAAGGUCAAGUCACAGUCCAAGAUGGCAGCCAAAGCCAAGAAGAUCUUUGCAGAAUAUAUCGCCAUCCAGGCGUGCAAAGAGGUCAACCUGGACUCUUACACACGGGAACACACGAAGGACAACCUGCAGAGUGUCACACGGGGCUGCUUCGACCUGGCCCAGAAGCGCAUCUUUGGGCUCAUGGAAAAGGACUCCUACCCUCGCUUCCUCCGCUCCGAUCUUUACCUGGACCUCAUAAACCAGAAGAAAAUGAGUCCCCCACUUUAGGGACCACCGGGAUGGAACGCAACCUACA